CGUUUAAAGUGCGAUAUUCACGCACAGACUAUAGCUGUGAGAAAGUACCAUCCAAGGGACAUAAUCCACACAUCAUGGCGCACGUUUCGUUAAAUUCGUUUUUACAGUCGAUUGACUAUGCUCUACAAAACAAAGAUGGAUUAUCAGCCGGGGAGCUUUUGUCAUUUCAACACGCCCACAUUGCAAGUCCUCGGUGCCAGUUGGAACACCCAGAGUCCCAGGUGCAGAGGGUCCUGGAUUCCCCCUUUGAUGAAAUGGUAGCAGCCCACGUCAGAUGCUGUUGGGCUGUCGCCAACCAUGACUUCAUCGAGGCCUACGGCUGUCAGGCUGUCGUCGUGCAAGCAUUCACCAAGGCCAUGCAGAGUCAGAAGGAGGAGAACUGGUCCCUGCCUCUCAUGUUCAGCGUGUGCCUGGACCUCCGCCGCUUUGCCAUCAGUGCUGACGUGCAGGCAGUGAUGAAGAGUCGAGGGAAGGCGGGGGAGAGGAUGGAGAAGGCAGCCGAGCUACUCAUGGGCUGCUUCCGUGUGUGUGCCAGUGACAACCGAGCCGCCGUGGAAGACUCCAAGAAGUGGGGAAUGUUGAAUCUUGUCAACCAGCUGUUCAAAAUAUACUUCAAGAUUAACAAGCUUCACUUGUGUAAACCUCUGAUUCGAGCCAUCGACAGUCUGGCGAUCAAGGAUCGGUUCAGUCUCUCCCAGCUCAUCACAUACAGGUACUAUGUCGGGAGGAAGGCCAUGUUUGACAGCGACUACAAGGGAGCGGAGGAAUAUCUCACUUUUGCGUUUGAGAGGUGUCAUCGGCAGUGCAAGAAAAACAAACGUCUCAUCCUUAUCUACCUUAUCCCUGUCAAGAUGCUGCUGGGACAGAUGCCGACAUUCGCCGUUCUACACAAGUACAACCUCAAGCAGUUUGCAGAUGUUGCUCGGGCUGUGAGUUCAGGCAACCUGCUGCAGCUGAACACAGCCCUCCUGAAACACGAGGCGUUCUUCAUCAAGUGUGGCAUCUACCUGAUCCUGGAGAAGCUGAAGAUCAUCACCUACAGGAACCUCUUCAAGAAAGUAUACUUGAUCCAUCAGAAGAACCAUCUCCUGCCUCUCGACGACUUCACCACGGCACUGAGACUCAUGCAGGUUGAGGACAUCGAUGAUGACGAGACGCAGUGUAUCAUCGCUAACCUAAUAUUUGAGAACAAAAUCAAAGGGUACAUCUCUCAUCAGCAUCAGAAGCUUGUUGUCAGCAAACAGAACCCAUUCCCCGUGCUGGCCACAGUUUUAUAGUACACCAUCAGCAACAUCCGAAUCAAUUCUUAACUUCAGCAUCAUUGUGGACCAUUGUGGAGCAUUGUGACAUCGUCAGUUACCAUGACAUCAAAAUCAAAUGUCAUCAUUAUUCUCUCUGCUACUGAAGCUGGUUAGCUGUACU